AUGUCACAUCAUGAAGUAUUGGCAGCAUUGGCAAAGGAUAAAAUAAAAGCUUAUAAAAUUCGUAAUAGUGCCAAGGAGGAAUUAACAAAACAACUUGGCGAUCUUAAAGAAGAGCUUUCUAGUCUUAAAUUAAUUUUUAAAAAAGAUAAAUUAUACAUAGCCACUGGUGAAAUUGCAGUCAUGGAUGGAGUCAUAGAAGCAAAGGUUUCUAAUCAGAAAAAAAAAUUUAGUUAUUCCUAA